AACCACGCCGAAUCGCUGGUCUGGUGAACAACAGCACACUCCACAGUACCUCAUUGCCUGUCAUCAUGCCCUACAGUCCGUCACUCUCCGCUCUGAGUCGAAGGUCAUCGAUUUCUGCAUCUACAUGCUGGGUACAAUGCAACAUCGCCUAUCCGCUCUCCGUGAGUUGAGGAUCAAUGUCUCAAUGCGUCGCGAAAGCGGGGCAUAUCAGCGCCACUACGACGGGAUUCGGGGGACCUACGUGGCUACUCUGCUCGCCGACCUAUUGGAGGGAACUGUCCACCUCCGCCUUUUGUCUCUGAAGUCCGCCGAAUGCUGGGCAGCAUACGAACCACGACUGGUCGAUGUCCUGUCUGCUAUGAGACAUUUGGCGGAGAUAGACUUGGAUGUUAUAGGGCCAAACACCUCGAGAUGUAUCAACAAUAUGCAAUCCAUGCCUCGCAAGUUGACCUUCAGCUUACCUCCGCAACGGGUGGCCCGCCCCACCGAUCCGCCACUACUUCAGCUGGACCCACAGCUUCGUUUGCCCAGCGUGCAGUACCUCGUAAUCCUAAAUCCACGGAUUCACUUUGCACCAAAGCUAGCGGAUCUCGCGCGGGCAUUCCCUGGGGUCCGCAACCUUGACAUCAGGCUCCGAAACGGCUGGGAUUCCCGCGGGCAUCCCGCUCCGGUGGUUGAGUGGCCAGCAUUGCAGUAUGUUCGCGGCCCCGGCUUGUCAUUCGCCGAAUGGCGGAAUGUCACUGGCAUACAUCUCUUGGAGUUGGACUGCCUGAUUGCGUCUCGGAUAGUGCGGGGCCAACGACCGACCUUCGUUGGCGGAUUCCUAUUGCCUACAUUUCCUGCAACGACCCUCACAGCGGUGUCGAACGUGCAGCCUGUUGCACUUGUAGCACGAACAGACUCGCAACUCGACGCCAACUUCUGGUCACAAUUCUUCGUCCGCUCGGCACGUCUCCGAUACCUGGCCGUCGAACUGUCCGACAUAUGUUCAUAUCGCACAUGUGGGAUAGAUCUAGCCCUUUGGUGGGCCAAAGUGAAUGGGGCUAUCGCAACGAGUGCCAUCGUAUGCUUGGAAAUCCGUUGUCCCCUUCGGCGCGACACACAUGAGCAACUUGCUACUGUAGGCACAGGCAACACAUUUGACGACGUCCCUUCGUCCGAAGAUAUAGUCUUCCGUGCAUUCCCCGCAUCUGUACCAGACACGGCUCCCCAUCUUCGCUACCUCUCUCUCAACACGAGCCCCGACCUGGCGGAGGGUGGCUCACCUUGGAGACAUACCUUCGUGGACCAAGAAAACAGUCAGCAAGUCAAAGUAUCCCCGGACCUACGCUGGUGGUGUUUCGAAGGCGCGUCACACGCACGAUCGAUGAGGCAGCUCGAUGCGGCUAGGGGAGAGCAAAUCGCUGCACAUAUGCGAUCGGUCCGUUAUGACUGCAGCCGACCCUUUGACGGUUCUACCAACUUUGGUGUGCGAACGGCGGCGUCCGGGGAUGAACUGCGUAGUCAUCCUGUGCGAGGGAACCAGAGACGACCCGCAGGCAUGCCUAUUGUUUAGGGGGAGCACGCAGUAGCAAGCGUCCGGCAUGGGGUCUUGCAAAAGUACAGGUGCCAGAGCAGCAUGUUGAUUAGCCCUAGGGCGUCCGCAGUCAAUAUGACGACCUCGUGGUAGAAGAACAUCUUGUCUGUACGAUGUCCGAGUAGCGACCAGGGGGCGAUCUUGGCGUUUGACCUAGACCUCAUCUCGAUAUGGGCUGCAACGCUGGUCGUCCCACCCUAUGCCUUUUUGAUAACAUCUUUGACAAGUGUGAAAGCUAGCUGGUGAUGCUGCUCUUC